UGAAUAAUAUGCAACUUGGAAAGCGUCCAACAAUAUUGGCUUUAUCGUCGAUAGUGUCUAAGGCGCGAGGUUUUCGUCUAAAUACAUUACACUUCCUAGGUUUUUACAAUUAUGAUUUUAAAAGCGUUGUGUACAACCACACUUGUGUUUGCUAUAGUCGAACAAUAUGUUUUUUGUGCCGCCGAAGUCACAGCUGCAUUGUGCGAGUUCGAAAGGGUGAACAAUUCGAAAAAAUUCGAUAACGCAAACGUCAAGGCCAAACUAGAGGUCACGGACAAACCGUGUUUGCGGCAAGUCGGAGAGAAAUCGCAGUUUUUGUACGUCAAACGGGACUCCAAAGUGGAUUUGAAAAUAUGCUACGAUGCGCAGCAAGCCAAGACGUUUUAUGUGAAAUUCGUCGUAGACGGUGCGGCCAUGGCUAAAAUCGAAAAGCCCGACGACAGGCCGACCAAGUUUAUGGUCGGCGAAAACCGGACGUUGUUUCCGGGUCACUUGUCGUGCUAUUACACAAAGGGUCAUCAAAAAGCACUGUUCGAAGACAACUAUAACAUGUCGAACGGAAUUAGUUCGACGUCUUUCUUGGCCAGAGGACACUUGGCGAGCAACGCCGAUUUUGUAACGACCGAGCAAAAAGAAGGAAGUUUUUACUAUGCAAACGUCACGCCACAGUGGCAAUCCAUAAACUCAAAAGCUUGGAAACACGUGGAGAAUUCUGUGAGAAGACUCGCCAAAAACACGAGUUCCAAGUUGACAGUGUACACCGGCACACACGGCCAGAUGGUGGUCGGACGGCAAUUGCUGUUCUUGACCCAAGAUCAGCCCAAGAAAAUCCCGGUGCCCCAAUGGUUGUGGAAGGUGGUGAUCGACGAACAAACCCAGCGAGGCGUGGGGAUUUUGUGCACCAACGAUCCGUUUAAUGAACUCAAGCCGCCGUGCGGCAGUCACGAGUUCUGCGACGAAAUUCAUUGGAAAAAUGUUGGCAAUAAAAUAGCGACCGGCAAGGUGUACUGCUGCACCGUGGACCAGCUGAUUGGGGCCGUCCCGGAGGCGAAAGAAAUCCAAGAAAAAGUCACGGACGUGCUCAGAGGUCCAGUGCUGCCCAUGGCGGCCAUAACUCAGCUUAAAGUCAAGGCAGGUCGGUUGGUGAAAGUCGUCAAAGAAAAAGUCAACAAGAAAGAUAACGAGAAAGAUAACAAGAAAGGUAACAAGAAAGAUAACAAGAAUGAUGACAAGAAAGAUAACAAGAAAGAUAACAAGAAAGAUAACAAGAAAGAUAACAAGAAUGAUAACAAGAAUGAUAACAAGAAUGAUAACAAUAAAGAUAACAAGAAAGAUAACAAGAAUGAUAACAAGAAUGAUAACAAGAAUGAUAACAAGAAUGAUGAAAACCCAUCGACCAAUUCGGCCGGACAAGUCGCCGGCACGACCCCAAAAUCUGCGGCCAGAUCAACCCCCAAGAAAAAUCAAUCCCCCAAGAAAAGUCAAUCCCCCCGGAAAAAUCAAUCCCCCAGGAAAAACCGAUCCAAGAACCAAGACCCGGAUUUUGUCGUCGAGUAGAGGUUCAAUAGAUCUGAACUCGGAACUACAUAUUAUAACGCUGAUGUAUUUUUUUUUUUUUUAUUCCACUAGUUGCAAUAAUUUAAUCGACCAUAAAUAAAUGUUUACCAAAUAAAGUAAUAUUUAUAUCGAAUAGUUUUUAUUCGAUUUGUGUUAAUUGCAACUUUUUAAUUUAUUAUAUUUUAAUUACCCAACUAAGUAUGAGCUGUUCAAAUAAUUUCAUUUCA